AUGCUUCUUGUGGUUGCUGAUUUUGUUGGGAUGAGUGAAGCAUCAGCUUGCAAAAUCAUCACCGAAGUGACGCAGGCAAUCGCUUCUUUGAGACCACGUCUUGUUUCUAUGCCAAGCACACCCGAACAGAUAACACAAACUCAAAUAAGUUUCUACAGAAUUGCCAGCUUCCCUAAAAUAAUCGGAGCAAUAGACUGCUCGCAUGUGGAUAUUGAGUCACCUGGAGGAGAGAAUGCUGAAUACUACAGAUGUAGGAAAGGCUGGUUUUCUUGGAAUGUUCAGACAAUUUGCGACUCUGAUAGAAGAAUUUUAGACAUUGUGGCUAGGUGGCCGGGAUCGACACACGACCAAACUAUUUUUAAUAACUCUGCAGUAAAAAGAAAAUUUGUUUCUGGUCAGUUUGGAGAUGCUAUAUUGUUAGGAGACAGGGGUUAUGCAGCAACUGAUUAUCUGAUGACUCCAGUGCUUAAUCCUCAAACCCCUCAAGAAAUGCUAUAUGAGUCACAUAUACGAAUACGAAACCCAAUAGAGUGCUACGAAAUUUGGAAAAGACGUUUUCCUAUUCUGUCGCUUUGUAUGCGUGUUUCAUUAGAAAGAUCGCAAAAUAUAAUAGUUGCUAUAGUUGAAUUCAUGUAUCUUUUGACACACGUGACCGAAGUAUCAUACAAGCUCAGACAGUACCUACCAUAA